AUGGGUUCAAUCGGUACACAAAACGCCAGUGUCGAUGAAGUCGACGUGCUCAUCAUUGGCGCCGGCCCGGCCGGCCUCAUGAUGGCGAACUGGCUGAGCCGUCUCAGCAUCCGAACCAGAAUCGUCGACAAGCGCGGCACGAAGAUCUUCAACGGUCAAGCGGACGGCCUGCAAUGCCGGACCCUAGAGAUCUUCGACAGCUUUGACUUCGCGCACCGGGUGUGGCGAGAAAGCAAUCAUAUGCUUGAGAUCUGCCUCUGGAAUCCGCCAUCUGAUAUGGACCCCGAGAAGCCAUCUGUCGUGCGUUCCGACCGUAUUCCAGACACGAUACCAGAUAUCAGUCGCUUUCAGCAGGUCGUACUUCAUCAAGGCCGGAUAGAGCGGUUCUUCCUGGACAGUAUCAAGGAGAACUCCAUCCGCACGUCCUGCAAUGGGAAGGGCGCCGAGGGCGAGAUUCACGUGGAGCAUGGAGUGCUACCCACCUCAUUCGCGUUCGACGAGACCAAAGCAGAAGACGCAGACGCAUACCCGAUCGAGGUCCGAGUCCGGCACCUCACGGACGAAGAGUCCAAGCCAGCACAGAAAGCCACAAGCGCCAACGGCACGGCCGUGCAGGACGGCAUCUUCCGGUCGAACCUUGCCGCCGACGACACAGCGGAACUCAUCAAGCGCUCCGGCGCUCUCGACGCGAAAGCCGGGCGGGAAGAAACCAUCAGGGCCAAGUACAUGCUGGGUGCCGACGGCGCACAUUCCUGGGUGCGCCAGCAACUCGGCUUCAGCCUCCAAGGUGACUCCACGGAUUACAUCUGGGGUGUCCUCGACAUAAUUCCCAUCACCGACUUCCCUGACAUCCGCAUGCGCUGCGCCAUCCACAGCGCCAGUAGCGGCAGCGUCAUGGUGAUUCCACGCGAGAACAAGCUGGUGAGACUGUACAUCCAGCUGACUACCACCAACUCGGAAGGAGGCGCCAAACUAGACCGCAGCCAGAUCACGCCAGAGACGAUCAUUGCCUCUGCACAGAGGAUCAUGCGACCUUAUACUAUCACAUACAAGUACCUCGACUGGUGGACGGCAUAUCAGAUUGGCAGAGGGUCGGCAAUUCCUUCUCACUACGAGAACGGCAUGAAUGUCUCGAUGCAGGACGCAUACAAUCUUGGCUGGAAGAUUGCCGGCUGUGUGAAGAAGCGCUGGAGCCGUGAUGUGCUCAAGACGUACCAGUCUGAGCGGCGACGAAUAGCACAAGACUUAAUUGACUUUGACCAUCGCUUCAGUCGGCUGUUCAGUGGUCGUCCGGCCAAGGAUGUUAUGGAUGAGGAAGGCAUCAGUCCGGCAGUGUUCAAAGAAGCCUUUGUGAAAGGCAACAUGUUCGCGUCCGGAAUCGCCGUUGAUUACGGUGCCAGCCUUAUCGUUGCUAAGUCAGGUGACUCGGCGGAACAAGGUGAUGGGACGAAGGUCAUGCUCGCAGACCAGGCGAGCCGUGUGGUAAGUAAGCAGGAAUUCGCCACAGAGAUCAAGGUCGGUAUGCGCAUGCCUUCAUUCAAAGUCCUCAACCAGGCCGAUGCGCGGCCCUGGCAUCUCCAGGAGCUGCUCAAAUCGAACGGGACGUGGCGUGUGAUCGUCUUUCCUGGAGACAUUCGUCGGCCGGAGCUCAAGCAGAAACUCAACGGGUUAGGUCAGAAGCUAGCGGAAAGCAAGUCGUUCCUGCACCGCUAUACGCCGGCCCAGGAGGGCUUCGACAGUGUUAUUGAGCUGUUGGCCGUUCACGCUGCACCGCGGCACGAGGUGACCAUCUUCGAUUUCCCUGAGGUGUUCCGUCAUUUUGACUCGAACAAUGGGCAUGACUACAACAAGAUAUAUGUGGACGAUGAGUCCUAUCACGAAGGUACAGCCCACGCGUACGAGAAGUACGGCGUCGAUCCCAGUGUUGGUGCCGCAGUCAUUUUGAGGCCGGAUCAGUAUGUCAGCUGGGUGGGCGCCAUGGAUGACUUCGAAAGUUUGCAGAAGUUCUUUGCGGGAUUCAUGCUGGAAGCGUCGGCUGAGGUGCAGAACUCAGAGCAAAGAGCUCACGAAUUGGCGAUGGAAGUGCAUGGCGCGACUGGAAAUGGCGUAACGGAUGCUGUUGCCAAAGGAGGUGACAAUGUUGUUGCGGUGCGACAGGCGGACACGGUCGUUAAUGGUGCUUUGUAA